CUUGGGGUUAAAAAUGGAGGAAUACAAGUUUGAGCAGAGAAAUAAUCACUAUAAAAUAGCCUUUGUCAGUGAUUUUUUCUACCCAAAAUUGGGAGGAGUAGAAAUGCACCAGUACCAGCUCGCACAAUGUCUACAAAAAUUAGGACAUAAAGUCAUUAUUAUUACUAAUUGUAAGCAAGGAAGACAAGGGGUAAGGUACCUUGGAGACGGCCUGAAGGUCUACAAUUGUCCUAUUGUUGAAUUCUUCCAUGGAGUCAGCUUGCCAGCAAUGUUUUUAAGAUUGCCUCUUUUUCGAAAUAUUUUUAUCAGAGAGAAAAUAGAUAUCGUCCAUGGACAUCAACUCAGCUCAAUGUUAAUGUACGAUGUGUUUGAAGUAGCAAAAGCGCUUGGAAAGAAGUGAAUAUUCACUGAUCAUUCUUUAUUUAAUUUCAUCGCUCCUGAGAAUCACAUUACUAACAAAUUAUUAAAGUCCUUCGUCUGUCAUCUAGAUGCUGCAAUCUGUGUUUCCCACGUAGGAAAGGAAAACUUCUCAUUAAGGACAAGGAAUGAUCCAAAGAAAGUAUAUGUCAUUAACAAUGCAGUAAAUACCAGAAAUUUCCGCCCAAAAGAGAAAAAUGAGGUGCUGGAUUUCCCUCCAAAUUUUGAAGAAAAAGAAGGAGUCCUGAAUAUCAUUAUGAUCGGUAGACUAGUCAAGAGAAAAGGCAUUGAGCUGAGCCUCAAGAUUAUCCCCAGGAUUUGACAAAAAUAUCCGAACAUUAACUUCAUUAUUGGAGGUUCAGGAUAUGGUGUCCAAGAUCUGGAAGAUAUGAGAGAUAAAUACUUGCUCAAUGGCAGAAUCACUUUUCUUGGGGAUGUUCCAAAUCAUAAAGUCAGAGAUGUAUUAUGUAGAGGAAAGAUAUUUUUAAACACUUCUCUAACAGAAGCUUUCUGAAUCACAAUUCUAGAAGCCGCAUCCUGCGGUCUCUUUGUGGUGAGUACCAAUGUUGGAGGGAUCCCAGAGGUCUUACCCCCAGAUAUGGUGUAUCUAACAGAUCCGAAUGUUGAUAAGCUCUGAGAGAAGCUUGAUCUUGCUAUCCAAAAUAUUGAUUCAAUUGACGAAGAAGCUAAUCACAAAGUUAUAAAAUCUCUAUACAGUUGGAAGCCAGUUGCUAAAAAGACAGAGAAAGUAUAUGAAGAGGUCAUGAAUACUCCUAGCCUCUGUUUAGGCGACAUGUUCAAGCUCACUUUUUCAGGAGGAUGGCUGCAAGGCCUCUUAUGCUGAAUGAAAUUUUGCUUGCUUAUCUUCAUCGCCUGGGUAGCAGAAUAUAUCCAGCCGGAGGCUGACAUAGAUCCAGCUGUUGAUUUCCCAGUCAAGGAGUACAUUUCCAACAAGGAGAAGUAUGGGGACCAUGAGUUUAUCUUCGACACCAGAGAAGAUAGUCUCAUGAUGAAGAAAUACCCUCAUAAGAAGGAUUAG